AUGGUUUCGAAAUCUCAAAGUAAGGAUUCUCAGGCAUCAAAAGGUCAAGGCAAGGACAUUGCAAUUUCAAAGGCACAAUCUCUUCCAAGCAAUCCCCCAAAGAAGAUGAGAUUUACUUCAUCUUCCGAGAAAGACCCAAGCUAUAAUAACCCGGUGAUACCAUCGCGUAGAGCUCGACGAUACGAGUUCGUGGACACGCGGCACUCCCAAUUCCGAGUUGUAACGAAGGAGGAAAGGUCAAGAAACGUAAAGGACUUAAAAGGGCAAGUUAGUCUUUUGUGCCCAGCAUUAGCCAGGUGUCGUACACUCACAGGGUUCGGCUCGGAUUCCAAAGUGGAAUUUGGGUUGGGUCCUAUCACAAGCUCUGCAACAUUCGAUGAAGUGACAAAAUCUACUUGCGGUAUCAACACAAUGAGCCGUGUUGUGAAGAAGAAAAUCCAGAAGAUUAAGCCUGUGGUUGAGUACAAUAAAAGUGGCAGACCACAUGGCAAGGCUGCUAUUGAGAUGCAGAGUUACAUUGGUGUUUUGGCAUGCACCAGAGUCUCUCUUGUGGACAAGAAAUGGACUCAAUUGCCCAAGGACCUGAAGGAGCAGAUUUGGGAAACUGUUCAAAUGGCUUAUGUUGUUGGGGAAGUGGGCAAGAAGAUGGUGCUGUCGUCUACCGCCAAAAAAUGGAAGGAUUUUAAGUCUACCUUAACUAGGCAGUUUAUCCUUCCAUUCGCAAAUGAGAAGGAGAAGUUAAAAGAGUGCCCUCAGCUUUAUAACUUCAUAGAAAAAUCUGAAUGGGAUGCCUUUGUAGCUUCAAGGUUAUGCCCAGAUUUUGAGGCUGUGCAUUCUGAGCAGUCACAGAGAAGGGAGAAAUGCGAGUACAACCAUAGGUUGUCUCGAAAAGGGUAUGUUGGUUUGGAGGAUCAAUUGGAAGAAACCAUACUUGGUGAAGAAAUCGAUCGAUCUCUACUAUGGAAGAAGGCAAGAGAAGAUAAACAGGGAAACAUCUCUGAUCCAAAGGUUGCAGAGAAGGCAAAAUUAAUCGAAAGUGUUAUGGCAGCAGUGAAAGAGGAAACCAAAAGGAUGGAGGCCAGGGCAAAGGAAAGUGUUAUGGAGGCAGUCAGAGCAGAGAGGGAAAUUAUGUCAAAACAAUUCAGUCAACUAAUUCCCAAUUUUGAUCCCAACUUGCUCAGUAAAAUUCCAACUACACCAACUACACCAAUUACUCAAAUUCCUCCAAUUCCUCCAGAGCAAAGCCCAAAAAAUCCAAUGUCUGACAAAGCAAGCUGCUCUAAUGUGAGAGUCCUUGAAUUGGAUGAAGACAAUCCCACGAAUGAUGCUGAUGCUGCUGCAAACCGUCAAGAUCAAACGGAUUUCUCAAAGCUUGACAUGCCAGCUCCUCUGUUAGCCCUAUGCCAAUAUGUCGAGACCAAGUUGAAGCCUACUAACGAGACCAUUAGAGUUCACAUGCCUGAGGAAAUGUUUGGCACUGAUCAUGAAACCUGGCUCUUGGGUGAAGACAUUUUACAGUUUGCUUCCAUGGUUGAGAUUGGAGCCACAGUGAUUGCAAUAUACAUGAGGUACCUAUUUGACUAUUUAAAAAUGGCAAAUAUGGUAAACCUUGUUGGCCUCGUGGACCCUGGACAAGUUAGCUCUCAAUCUGGAACGUUAUCUCACCUCUCAAAACAUCUCUCAGAAAGCCUGAAAAAGGCAGAUGGGGAUCAAUUUUACUUGGUGCCUUAUAAUCCAGGUUCAAUCAAAAUGUAUAACUCUCAGACAGGGAAACAAUCAUCACGUAAAUCACCCAUAUGGAAAAAUCUACAAGGCACUCCUAGACAACCAACAAAUGUAGAGUGUGGCUAUUACGUGAUGCGUUUCAUGAGAGAUAUAAUUAAUGAUCCAGGCCUAGCCUUUGAGAAGAAGUUUGACAAGAAAAAGGAACCAGUUGUGUAUACUCAAGAACAUAUUGACGAAGUCAAGCUGGAAUAG